AUGGGAGACAUUGAUGAAGCCUUCAUCCAAUCAGUUGAACACAGACCAAAAUCCACCACAGUUGAGGCUCAAAGCAUCCCUGUAAUCAAUCUUUCUGCACUAAACUCUCAGCAUUGCUCAUCCAAUUCCAGUAGUUCAAUGGAAGAUCUUAUUGUACAAGUAGGUGAAGCCUGCAAAAAGUGGGGUUUCUUCCAGGUGAUUAAUCAUGGGGUUCCAUCAAGCUGCAGGGAAAAGGUUGAGGUUGCUUCGAGGGCCUUUUUCCGGCAGCCAUCGGAGGAGAAAAGGAAGGUGAGAAGAGACGAGGCUAAUCCAAUGGGGUUUUAUGAUACUGAGCAUACGAAAAAUAUUAGGGAUUGGAAACAGGUUUUUGAUUUCACGGUGGAGAAUCCGACUGUGGUUCCAGCUUCUCAUGAGCCUGAUGAUGUUGAGUUGCAGGAGAUUGUCAAUCAAUGGCCUGAGUAUCCUCCUAAUUUUAGGGAGGCCUGUGAAGAAUACACCAGAGAAAUCGUAAAACUAGCUUACAAGUUGCUGGAGUUAAUAUCCUUGAGCCUCGGGUUGCCAGCAGAAAAGUUUAAUGGCUUCUUCAAAAACCAAACAAGUUUUAUGCGACUCAACUACUAUCCGGUAUGCCCUGUUCCUCACCUAGCCCUCGGCGUGGGUCGACACAAGGAUUCUGGGGCUUUAACUGUCCUUUCUCAAGAUGAUGUUGGGGGACUAGAAGUGAAGAGGAAAUCAGAUGGAGAGUGGGUUCUAGUAAGACCUACCCCAAAUGCUUAUAUUAUCAAUGUUGGAGAUGUGAUUCAGGUUUGGAGCAAUGACAAGUAUGAGAGUGUGGAACACAGAGUGAUUGUGAACUCUGAGAGGGAGAGAUUUUCCAUCCCAUUCUUCUUUAACCCUUCACAUGCAGUUAUGGUGGAACCUUUGAAGGAGUUGACAAGCAAACAAAACCCUGCAAGAUAUAAGCCAUACAAUUGGGGAAAAUUUCAUACCACCAGGAACAUCAGUAACUUCAAGAAGCUCAAUGUGGAAAAUGUUCAGAUCUAUCAUUUCAGAAUAUGA